GUAGGGGGGGCCAUCGACCCGCGGGACCCACAGCUACAAUCCCAGGGCUCACAGGGCAACCCACCGAUGCCCUUUUUAUACCCACAACCGGGCAAAAAACGAGUCCGCAAAUCCCGGGCCUACCUCACUCUCCCGCCGGCAUCGCAGCUACCCGCGGGGAUCCCCCUGAGCCUGGAAGACGGGUGCGGACAGCGGGCAGGUCACCACUCACCCGACAACGAUAUGGGGAGGCGAACACAGAAGCCACAACAGACCGCACCCAGGGACUCCCAAGAUAUUGGGACUCUGCUGCAACGCACAGCAGGCCACAAAAUGGCGGCCGAACAAGACCAGGACCCUGGCCCCACACACUCAGUACAGCUGUCCCAGGGAAGCAGCAAAGACAUGAGAGCUGAAGCUCCCAGCAGCCCACAAACAGAGGGGGAUGACUCAGCCCCAGCCACUAAAAGGGACAUCAGACUCCUAUUACAGGAGAUGAAGGGGCUGUUUGACACCGACAUAAACUUAAUCCGCACAGAGACGCAGGCGGUGACGGCAAGAGUACAGGCCUCUGAAGAAGACAUACUAGACCUCCGACAGGAG